GGGAGCAAUAGUGGAAUGAUGGAAUGAUUGCAUUAGAAAACGGCAUGUCCACUUCCUUCUUUGUCAAGCUCAUCUGACCCACCAAUUGCUUCGCGCGGUGCACCUGCAGUUCCUUCUUUCUCCACAUCCACGGCACGACUGUGCCUACCACUUAUUACCACUUCAACUGAUCCUUCCCCUUAUCACUGUAUCAGCACCAGUUGCCUCACCGUCACUGUCGCUAACAUGAGGGCCGUCGUAUCGAAGCCUCACCUCCUCUCCAGGAUAGCCUCCAUCACCCUUGGCAAGACUAUCGGUGGCCCCGGCGCAUCUAUCCAGGACCACCCGGAGCCGACCAUCUCUCCCGACGAGAUCCUCGUCAGGGUGCGCGCUGUCGCCCUCAACCCAACUGAUUAUAAGCACAUCGACGCCGUCUCCCCGCCCGGCUGCGUUAUCGGCUGCGACUAUGCCGGCGAGGUCGCACAGGUCGGUGGCAACGCCGCUAAGACCUGGGCAGUAGGCGACCGUGUCGCCGGCGCCGUCCACGGCGGCCUCUUCCCCGACCGCGGCGCCUUUGCCGAGUACCUCAAGACCGACAGCGACCUGGCCUGGAAGAUCCCCGCCGACAUCGACGAUGCCGCCGCUGCCACCUUUGGUGUCUCGGCCGUGACCGCCAUGCUCACCCUUAAUGUGCGCCUCCACCUCCCCUGGGCCGAAGAGUGCAAGGUCGGCCAGGAGCAGCAGCAGUCUGCCCCCGCCAUCUUCAUCUACGCUGGCUCUACGUCCGCCGGCCUCUUUACUAUCCAGCUCGCUAGGCUUGCCGGCUACACCGUCGUUACCACCGCCUCGCCGCACUCCUUUGACCUCGUCAAGAGCUAUGGCGCUAACGCCGUUUUUAACUACCGCGACGACAACGUCGCUGAUGCCAUCGUCAAGGAGUACCCAGAUAUCCGCGUCGCCGUCGACUGCUUCUCCGAGGGCAAGUCCUUCGGCAUCUGCGACGCCGUCCUGAAGAAUAAGGGCGGUAGACUCAUCACCCUACUGCCUCCUGCUAAGCCCAAGUACCCCGGUGUCGAGCACGAGCUCGUCAUGGCCUACACGCUCUUUGGUAGAUCCUUCCAGUGGCUGGCGCCCUUUGGGCCCAAGUUCCCCGCGCUCCCCGACGAUCGUAAGGCGCUUGCGCGCUUCUACGCCUCCCUACCGGAGCUUGUCAGCAACAAGACGGUUAGGCCCCCCCCGAUAACGCUCGAGGAGGGUAGCUGGGAUGGUAUCUUGACCGGCUUAGACAAGCUGCGGUCGGGUAAGGUGUCCGGUGGCAAGCUGGUUGUCAAGUUGUAGGCGUAAUGAGGUUGGGUCAAUAGAAUACCGGAUUCCUACUCUCGAGUUGCUCGUUUUAGCCGACAUGAUGAUGCCAUGUAAUAGAUUUGCAAUUAC